AUGAUGAAUAAUAAGAAGUUCGACAGGAACAAGAAGUUCACAAGUUCCAGAAACACAACGUGCUUCAGGUGUGGGUCAAAAGAUCACUUCAUUAAGGAUUGCCCUGUACAGGAUGGAGAGAAAGGAAAGACAAAAGGCAAAGAGCAAUCCAAAGAGUCAAAAGUCUAUAAGCCUUACUUCACCAAGGACAAUGUGAAGAAAGCCAUGCUAGCUGCUUGGGGAGAUACAGAUUCAGAAGAAGAGGAGGACCAACCAUUAGAAGAAACUGCUCAUUUAUGUUUAAUGGAAAAAACUUAUGAAGCUGCCAAACUAAAGGGGCUUGAGUCUGAGGUAUGGUUCUCUUACAAUCAGUUAAAACAUUUGUCUAAAGAAAAUCUAAUAAAUACUGUUUUGGAAAUUCAAGAAGAUUUAAAGGAAUUACAUAGAUCCAAACAACAAAGUGAUAAAGCUUUAGUUACUUACAAAGAGGACAGUGAAUGGGUUGAUAACAUGAAGUUUACAUUCAAUACAGGUUCCAGUGAGGGGGAAAAACACUUGAUAGGAAGGUCACGUUCUCAUGCCAUUGAUAAUGUAUUUUUAGUCGAGGGCCUCAAACACAAUUUGUUAAGUAUUUCACAGUUUUGUGACAAAGGUAAUUCUGUUAGCUUUACUUCUAAUAAGUGUAGAAUCAUCCACAAUGACACUGGGAACAUUAUUUUGGAAGGAACUCGUAAAGGGAACACAUAUAUUGUGGAUCUUAAUGAGGUUCCUAACAGCAGUUUAACAUGUCUUAGUGUUAUUGAGGAUGAUCCUCUUUUAUGGCAAAGAAGCUUCUCUGCCCCAAGAACUCCACAACAAAAUAAAGUGGUGGAACGCAAGAAUAGGAGCCUUGAAGACAAGGAUUAUGAUGAUGAUUUCGAAAUUGGACUUGUGCGUAAGCAUAAUCCAUAUGAGGAACCAGCAUCACAGCAUAAGCAGAAAUUUGAAAUUGCUAAAAAUGUGGAAACACCUGAAGAAGUUCAAACUGAGUUUCAUGAACAUGUUCUUACAGAAGAACCAGUCAACAAUAAUGAAGAAAAAUUGUAUCCAAUCAAGGAUUUCACUCCAAGGCCCUGGAAAUAUAAAAAAUCACAUCCAGUUGAUGUAAUCAUGAAUGAUAUCACAAAAGGAACUCAAACCAGAUCUCAGCUUAGGAACUUCUGUGCAUUCAAUGCAUUCCUUUCCUCCAUGGAACCUAAGAAUUAUGUUGAAGCUUUAACUGAAGCUGACUGGAUUAAUGCUAUGCAGGCUGAAUUAAAUGAAUUUGAAAGAAAUAAAGUUUGGCAUCUGGAACCUAGACCAAAAGAUAAGAAGUCUAUUGGACUAAAAUGGGUAUUCAGAAACAAACUAGAUGAACAUGGUAUUAUUGUCAGGAAUAUGGAUGUUAAAUGUGCUUUCUCAAAUGGAUAUUUAAAUGAGGAAGCCUAUGUGGAACAGCCUUCUGGGUGA